GAAAGAUAUGGAAAUUUUAUAACUUUCAUGCCAAAGAACCAUACAGGUGCUUCUGCUUUUUUUUUACUUGGUCUGGUUAAAGAAGCAAGAAUCUUUCUUCUUCUUCUUCUUUCUUAUUCUUAUUCUCCUUCUUCAUGGUUUUUGAAUUAGGGAUUAUUUUUCUAUCUUUUUCAAUUGGAUGAAUUUUGGGAUAUUUUCAUAUCUGUUUCAAAAUCUCUUUCAAAAUCAGUGAUUCUUUGUGCAAUUGGAUACAGAUUUCACAAACUUUUUUCAAAGUUUAAUUCUUUAUCCAGUAAUUCAGCUCUGAAUUUGAAAUUUUUAAAUUUUUUUUCCCACGUUUGAAAUGGAGAGAGAUUUCUUGGGUUUGAGUUCUAAAAAAGAAUCGUUGGCUGUGCAUGAAGAACCCACUGAUGGUGGUUAUAAGAAUUCAGCAGUUGUGAGGGAUUCAGGGAUGCAGUGGUCAUUUUCAAACAAGGUUUCUGCCCUUCCGCAGUUUUUGUCUUUCAAGGCUGCUCAGGAAGAUAGGUCAAGAAAGACAGUUCAAGAUCCACUUGCAUCAUCAACUUACAUGACUAUAUCGCCUGCUGAUGCUUUUGGCACAAGCCAGAAGCCAUUCUCUAGUGCAAUCCAGAAAAACUUAAUUCAAGAAAAGCAAGCAGGAAAUCACUAUGCAAUGACAGUCUUUCCUCCACAGCACUUUGGUGCACAGGCAGUUCAACAUCCUCAUGAAGUGAAGAUGUUCCCCAUAUCCAACCAACACAACCAAACAAUUCCUUUGGGUUUGAGCACACAUGUUAUCCAAUCUCACACUACUUCUGGGCAGAACACAAUUGCUUCUACCAUCAUACCACAACCCUUAGGUGGGAUUCCAAUUGCAACCCCUGUUUCUGUUCUUCCCUCAAGUUCCAUGGUUGGUACCACUGAUCUCAGGAAUGCUCCAAAAACCUCAGGGUCAUCUGCUCAGCUGACCAUCUUUUAUGCUGGUUCUGUGAAUGUUUAUGAUGAUGUAUCUCCCGAAAAGGCUCAGGCAAUUAUGUUACUGGCAGGAAAUGGGUCUUCUCCAACUCAUAGCAAACCAGUUCCCAUGGCUCAAGUGCAGGCACCAUUGCCCAGGCCUGCAACAUCUGAAAGUUUUGUUAAGAGCUGGUCCCAUACUACAUCAUCGUGUUCUGGCAUUCCAAGCCUUCCAAACGUUCUUUCUGGGACUUCACAUGGUGGUCCUCAGUGUGGAGGAAGAUCUAAUAGCCAUGAAUUAACAAUGGUAAAGCCAGUGGUAGCUUCAACUUCUCAUAGCAACCAUUCGGAACCUCCUAAGGUAGUCAGUUCAGUAGGAUCUGCUACAACAACCGUGGUUCCAACAGCUGUGCCUCAGGCACGAAAAGCAUCCUUGGCUCGGUUUUUGGAGAAGCGCAAGGAGAGGGUGGUGAGUACAUCGCCUUACUUUGUCAAGAACAAAUCUCCAGAAUGCAGCACACAUGGAUCCGAUGAUCAGAGUUUCUCUGUCCCCUCUCAUGGUUCAUAUCCUCUCUCAGCCAGUAAUUAGUCCUUUGAAUUGGGGUAUGACCAAGAAGAACAUUCCAAAAAAAAAAAAAAAAAAAAGAGAGAGAGAGAGAGAGAGAGAGAGAGAAGAAAAUAGUUGGAAACCACUCCGAAGGUGAAGAAUAGAUCAUGAAUAUUUAACAUUUUAUUUUUGUUUUUGAUUUUCAGAUCAAUUCCUUCAACCUCAAGGUUUUAGAAAGUCUCAUAGGGUAUAUGUAUAUCUUUUUUUCCUGUAUUUUUUUGUUUUUUUUUUUGUUUUGGAUUUUAGUGUGAGAAUCUAUUUAUCUGAUAGCAGUAAGAACAUCUUUUGCAACUCAUUGUACUUUCCAUUAUGUUGUAAAAUUAUUAGUUUUGCUUCAAAGUCGAGAAGCAAUCAUAUUUUUGUAUUGAGAUGAUAAAGCCAUUGAUAUUCAAAUGGAUUACAAUUAGCUAAAAAUUCUAGUAUUGA